AUUGCUCUGUUUUUAUAUUUCCGUUUUCCUUCCUCCCAGUCCACUCAACCGCUUAGACUGCUGGUCAGUUUAUCCUACGACUCUACCUCCCUAAUAGGACACCAUGCCAGCACCGCUGCCGGUCAGCUCCGAGUCUGGACGCCACGCCGUCCCGGUGUCCCCCAACCCAUUCACUGACGGGGACAACCGCACGCCAUUCAACAAGUACAAGUACAAGUACUCGAACAAUUCCACUCCCGCCGAGGAGACAGACGCCUACUUCUCGUCCGGGCGGUCCUCGACCGUCUACGAUGGUGAGCGCGACAACCACCUCGAGGACCUCGAGAAGAGCCUGCCCAUCCACACGAUCCCCUCGCUCCGCCUCGAUGCGGUGCACUCGGCUGGACAUGGCCACCGCCACCACCACCACAAUCACACCCACCAGAGACAAAAGGACUACGACGACGACGACAACGACGGCAAGAACCUCUCCGAAGUAAACCUCACCACCGUCCAUAACAACCACCAUGGAGACGAGGACGACGACGACCACCACGACCCCCCUUCCUCCCCCACAGCAGGAGGAGGAAAAAAGCUGCCCCUCCGCCAACGACUCCGCCACUUCACCUGGGCAUGGUACACACUGACCAUGUCAACGGGGGGUCUCGCCCUGCUGAUCGCCGCCCAACCGCACCAGUUCCCCGGACUGCGACAGAUCGGGCUGGCCGUGUACAUCAUCAACAUCCUGCUCUUCAGCCUGGUGACCUCGGCCAUGGCCACGCGCUUUCUCCUGUUCCGCGGCGCCCUCCUGGCGUCGGUCACGCACCCGCGCGAGGGCCUCUUCUUCCCGACGUUUUUCUUAUCUAUCGCCACGCUGAUCACGGGGACGCAGCGCUACUGCGUGGGCUCUUCUGUUGUCUCAUCAGUAGAUGAUCCCACUGGUGGUGGUAUGGGUCAGCCGCCGCUAGUGGUGAUGAUACGGGUUGCGUUCUGGACCUACCUGGCCGUGACGACGCUCCUGGCCAUCGGGCAGUACAGCUACGUCUUCGCGGCGCAUAGCUACGGCCUGCAGACCAUGAUGCCGACCUGGAUCCUGCCCAUCUUCCCCGUGAUGCUGUCGGGCACCAUCGCCAGCGUGAUCUCGGAGACCCAACCAAAACAGGAGGCCGUGGAGAUUGUGGUGGCCGGCCUGACCUGCCAGGGGCUGGGCAUCGCCGUGGCCUUCAUGAUGUACGCGCACAUGGUGGGGCGGCUGAUGCAGUCCGGCUUGCCGCACCGCGAGCACCGGACCGGCCUGUUCAUGUGCGUGGGCCCGCCGGCCUUCACGGCGCUGGCGUUCAUCGGGCUGUCCGGUGGGCUGCCCGAGAACUUUGACCACGACCUGGACGGCGUGCUGGACGGGGCCGUGGUCGAGACCAUGGGCGUGGUCGGGGCCGGCUUCCUGUGGGCGCUCAGCUUCUGGUGGUUCGGCAUUGCCGUGCUGGCCGUGGUGCAGAGCCCGCCGAAGCACUUCCAUCUCGGCUGGUGGGCCGGCGUCUUCCCCAACACGGGCUUCACGCUGGCCACCAUCUCGCUCGGCAACGCCUUCCAGAGCGACGGCGUGCUGUGGUUUGCCACGGCCAUGUCGGUGCUGCUGCUGCUGGCCUACUGCUUCGUGCUGUACCACCACGUGCGCGCCGUGAUUGUGCAGGACAUCAUGUACCCCGGCCGCGACGAGGAUGUGGAGGAUCACUAG